GAAUGGAAAUCCCUGUGUUUGACCGCGGUGUGCGCAAGCUGGAAUCUCUCGCGGGCUGGAAUCUCUCGCGAUGGAGUCUCUCUGGCUGCGGCGAGUGGCAACUCUGUUUCUGUUUGUUUUUUGCUGCUGGGGAAGUCGCUCCGCAGAUACAAACUGGAAGAAAUUCCUGGUCCAGAUUAGCAGAGCUGUGGAGAACUACAGGCCAUGCAUAAAAGAAAACUGCAGCUGUCAUCAAGGAGUUAGGGAACAGGACUUGGCUCCCUUUCGAGAGGGGAUCUCCAAGGAGUUGCUGUCAGAAGCAAUCAGUCGAAAGCUGGGGACGCACUACCAGAUCAUUGAGAAGAAGCUGUACCGUGAGCAUGAUUGCAUGUUCCCUGCAAGACAGGAGAGUGAGCAAAAGCGCACUGGCCUAGCCUCCAUGUGCUUGAUGGAAUCAUCUUCACGCUGA